AUGGCUUAUGCAGCAAUGAAGCCCACGAAGGCCGGUUUGGAAGAGCCACUCGAACAAAUUCACAAGAUCAGGAUUACUCUCUCCUCCAAAAAUGUGAAGAACCUUGAGAAAGUGUGUGCUGAUUUGGUUCGUGGGGCAAAGGACAAGAGACUCAGAACCAAAGGACCAGUGAGAAUGCCCACCAAGGUUCUUAAGAUCACUACCCGUAAAGCUCCUUGUGGUGAAGGAACCAACACAUGGGACAGAUUCGAGCUUAGGGUUCACAAGCGUGUGAUUGAUCUCUUCAGCUCUCCUGAUGUGGUCAAGCAAAUCACUUCCAUCACCAUUGAACCUGGUGUUGAGGUUGAAGUCACCAUCGCCGACUCCUAGAUACUUUUUUUUGUUUAAUAUGAGAAUCUCUGCAAAAAACUAGAAUCUCAUACUUUACCUGUACUUCAAGCUUACACUUCUGUCUUCCCGGUUGAUUUGGGAUUAAAAACCAAUGUUUUUAUUUGCUGUAGUGAAACUUUUAGCUCUUGCGUUUUCCAGAGUAUUUUAUUUUACAUCUGUCGAAGAUUGAAAUCAUAAUAUCGACGUUCUUCCACACAAUUUUUUUAGAUUCGUUUAGUUGUUAAAAGAACUUGAAUUGUUAUAAUCAAACAUUGGAACG